CCAUGCUUGGAUUUAAAACUACCACCAACAUGGCAUUAUUAAUUAUUCUUUUGCAUAGCCUUUGUCAAGACCUUCUAGAAACCUGAUGGUUCCCGGGAUUGAACAAAUUUUGUGCUGUUUGUUGUUGUGUUAUAUUUCCUACCCAAUAAAGUCACAAGUAAUACAGGGUAAAAUUGGAAAUGUCAGAAAAGAAAUCUCCACCUCACAAGGAGAAAGCAUCAUCAAGCAAAUUGUUACAGCCAGACACAAAGUCGAGCAAAAGAAAAUUAGCUGCUCCGGGUUCACCACCAGAAGAAGAUGAUAAAAAAACUCUACAGCAGAAACGUAAGCGUCCAAAUGUACCUGAAGGUUCCCCUGAGCAUGUUGGCAUAGGUUCACCACGAGGUGCUGGGACUGUUUCUCGUCUUAGUGUACCAUUGUCAGAGCGACAACAAAUGGCUUUACUAAUGAGGAUGCAGGAUGAAUCUAGUGUUGGAGAUGCAUCUCCUAAAUCACCCUCAUCAGGAAACCAAGUUAGCUCAACUAAACGCACACCGGCUGACAAAAAAGUGAAUAAGCGCAAUGAGCGAGGUGAAGCACCUUUACAUAUGGCUGCAAAGAAAGGAGAUUAUAAACAAACUAAGCGUUUACUUAAAGCCGGGGCUAGUGUUAACAUGAAAGAUUAUGCUGGAUGGACAGCCCUUCACGAAGCUUGUAAUUCUGGAAACUUGCGUGUUGCUAGGUAUUUGUUAAAAGCUGGUGCUGAUGUUAAUGUUCAAGGUUUUGAUGAUGACACACCACUUCAUGAUGCUUCAAGCAGUGGACAUAGAAAACUUGUUCAACUGUUACUUCGGCAUGGGGCUAAUCCUAUGCAGCCCAAUCUUAAAGGUAAAACUGCUAUCAAUGUUGCUAUAUCUAGUGAAAUAGAAGCUAUUUUACGAGGUACAGCUAACUAUAGCAGUGAUUUUGACAGUCACAGUUCAUCUGAAGAUAGCAAUUCUUCUAGCAAGGAUGGGGACCGCAGUAAUAUAGAUGAAGAUUUUAAGACUCAUAACACCCCAAGUAAAUCAGACGUCACGUUAACCCCUGGUACGCCUAGCUCCAUCUCUUCAACAAUUGGAUCUACAACAGCAGCCAACAGCUCAAUCGGUAACUUGAAUAUUAGAAGGCAGUCUGUGCCUCCCUCACCUGAUAAAUCCACAUCCACUCGACUCUUGAUGAAGCUACAAAACAAAAAGUCCUCUUCAUCAUCUUCAUCAGCAACAGAUGAACAGCCCAAAGCAGAAUGGGAUGUUCUUCCCAUUGACACUGGAUGUGAAGUUACUUCAGAGGGGGAUUCUAGCACCAGGCUACAGUUUGACAGAUCUCGUCUUGUCAAGCCAGAAGAACCCAGAAUAAAUUUACCUUCAACUUUGCGAUUAAAUCGCAGUGUUGUUUCUGAUAACGAUGGGUGUGCUGAUUCAACGGUGGCACCACCUGGUGUAUCUACUCUUUCAUCAGUCCCAUUGGAGAGAAUAGCAACUGAACCAUUUACCCCUCGUGGUAUUGAUAAUCUAGUUAAUAGUGACACUGAUGAACACGGGGAUGUCUUUACAAAUAUUUCUGCCAACAACAUCAAGACCUCUAAUACUUUUACAGCCUCCUGCUCAAACCUAAGUAACUCAAAUGAAAUCAACAAACAACAGACAUCCAUAACCCAACAACCAAGGCCACAGCAACAUUUGUGUCCGCCUGUUCAACAGCAGCAGCAGCAUUCUCACCAACACAUUCCUGGUCAAUCAAUAAACUCAUUUCACACUGUGCGGCUUGCUUCAAAGCUACCAAACAGCUUACAGACUUUACCUAGCUCAAGUAUUGGCCCGGAACCGUCAGGAGUCUCAUCAUCGUUUCAGCCUUCAUCAUCCUCGUCAAUUUCCCAAAGAACAGAAGUAUCAUCAAGUCAGUUUUCUUUAGUUUCAUCUUCUUCAUCAUUGCCAUCUGCAUCCUUAUCAUCAACGUCAGUAUUGGGAUCUGGUUUAUUAUCCCACUUAUCACCUUACCAUCCAGGAGGUCAUGUGGUAUCCAGUGCAUCCAGUACUACUCAUCUAUCUACAGACUCUAGACAGGGAACAUUGCCCCCAACCUUACCUUUUCAACCUUUCGCAGUGAGAGGAACCAAAGGAGGUGGUAGCAUUGUCACUGGUCUUAGUGACAGGGCGGCUUCUGGGGGUGCUGUAUCAAGUAACUCAACACUUCAUACCACUGCCCCAGUUCCAGCUAAUCUUUCUUCAUUUGAGAUCGGUAAUAGACUUGUUCCUCGAAUGGAAGACAAAUCUGACACAAGCAGCUGUGAUUCUCCUCUUAGGGUGGAUCAGGAAGACUCUAACCCUGUACCAUCUGAGCAUGGAAGUAGACCAUCCACCCCUAAAGUUCCCCCGCUAAAGAUCAUUAUGCCACCUAAAGUGGGGGGCCCAUCUGCAAAUAUUUCAAAACCUUUGGCAAAACCUGCUCUCCCAUAUGUGUUAAAUCCAAUAACAGAAAGUGAAGGAUGGGAUGGAGUAGAGGAGGGCGGCCAGAGACCCCCUAAUUGUUCUCUUCCUACAACACAGGAUACAGGGGAAUUUUGUGCAUCUCGACCAUCUUCUAGGUCUGGUGCAGGUGUAUCCUCAUCUGAUACUAACUCUAAAGGCCCAGAGCAAAAUAUAAGGAAUUUAGAUGUUGAAGAGUCUGCAUCAAGGGAAAGUGAUUUAAGGGCAGAACAAACCGAUGGAUCAGGAGGGAAGUCUGAUGAAGGUAAAGAAAAAAGACCAACUCGGACAUUAAGAUCACAUACUGCUAUGAUGCAGCAGCAGCAGAAAGAAAAACCCUCGGACAAGGAAAAAAAUGGUAGUACAGAAAUCAAAGAAGAAGCAGAUAAUUGCAGCACAACAAGGUCACAAAAAGGAGAUGAGUGUGCAACAGAUGAUUCAAGCUUUCCACCUAGAAAAAGAAAGUUACGAAACAAAACUGAGCAGCAGACAUUGCAAGUUUCUGCUGCAACAACUACUGCACCUAAAUCUAACCAACCACUAGAAAAGCCACCAAAUCCUUAUGAAACUUACCUUAAUUUAAGGAGAAGGAUUGCAUCUCGUCAUCGAACAUUGUGUAAUGUGGCUCCAAAGCCACCCAUUGGUUUUAAAGACUUCUUAAUGGUCAACUGUACAUAUGUUUUACAAGGCAAUGCUACUAGUACAUUAUCAGUUCCAAUGCUACCUCCACCCAAUUUGGUAACAGAACCAAUGAGGGAAUUUUUCAUACAGCAAGAAAAAGAAAGAUAUCGUUUACGACUGCAACAUGUUAUAGAAAGAGAAAAGUUAAUGCUUUCAAUAGAGCAGGAAAUAUUAAGGGAGCAUGGUCGAGCUGCCAGAGCUAUGGCAAAUCAAACACUUCCUUUUAGUGUGUGCACAAUAUUGAGGGAAGAAGAAAUUUACAACCAGCAAGAGUUAGAACAGGUUGAGGACCGGGACAAGAGUGUUAGGUCACGUUAUAAUGGCCGCCAGUUUAUAUCAUGGAUUCAGGAUGUUGAUGACAAAUAUGAAAAAAUAAAACAACUAUUACUUAUGCGUCAUCAUCAUGAAGCAGAGUCUUUGUAUGCAGUUCAAAAACUUGAUUGGGAGUGGAAGAUGAAGGAAUGUGGACUUUGUGAUCACAAAAAUACACCAGUCAUUGAUGAACUUCAUGUGCCGAUGGUAGCAGUCAGUGACGAAUUUGAACUAUUGCCUAAUUCCUAACACAGGUCUUAACGUUCUUCUAGGUUAAUUCUUGGAGGACGUUUCAGUAGCUGUAUGGAGUGCUUUCAAGAACAGUUUUUAUUCAAUGUUUUGUUGCUUAAAUUCACUUAAUGGAUUACAAAUCUCCAUCUACAAUAUCAGGCAGAACUAUUACUACAGGCUUGGUUUGUGCUGAAAAAUACAAACUUUUCCAAUAAUCUUGCUUUUGGAAAUCAGGAGAUAUGAUACAUGUUUAUCCGGCACAAUUGUUUUCUACCUUUGGUUGGAGCAUACAUUCUGAACUAAAAACUGGGAUGUACAAGAUUAACUGUAGCACUGCCAGUUGUUAUAUUCUGAUACAUUUAGAAAAUAUAUUGCAUCAGAUGAAAAAAGAUGUUUAUGCUUUCAUGCAUAUACAGAGAGUGAUUCUAAUACCUGAGGCAGGUAUGCUGUAACAUUUCUAAACAUAAUAGUGCUGUAUUGAAAAUUUGAAAUGUUUCUAGUAUUACAGAGAGAAUGUUUAGCUUUGCUUAGUUGCAAUAGGUAAGGUAUUCAAAAUCAUCAGAGGAAUAUUCACAAUUGUUAGGUUAACUUUCCAUGCUUUUUAAUCUAAUGUGUUAUAAACUGUUAUGUUGCCCAAAUUGAUGAUACAUGAUGUAAGGAGUAACAAUUCUGUUUUGGUGUAGUGGUGAGUGUAUUAGCUAUAAGUCUUUCUUUGUCAUUUUUUUUCUGCAGGAUCACUUCAGUGUUGUACUGUUCUCAUGGUUGAUGUUGUUUCUCUUUAAAUUCUUUAACAUGGGUAGCCAGUUGUUACUUACAACAUUCUAAGUGGGGGAAAAUAUGCUUUUCUAAAUUUAAAACUAGGUGAUGUGCAUUUGAAAGUUAACUAGCAUUAAUUACUGAAUACUACACCUAUAGUUUCAAAAUAUUUAUAAAAGGCAAGGUUUUAUUAAUAAUUUAUUGUUAAUUCUUAUAAAAUGUACAGUGUAUUUUAUGUUUUUUUUCCUUUAAGUUUACAUAUUUCAAGGAGGAUGACUCAACUUAGCAUUAUUCAUCUGUGUUCUUGAAUUUUGUUUUUCAAACUAUUAGGCUUAUUGUUCUAUAUUUCAUAAUUACAUGAAUAUAAUUCCUGGCAGUAUAUUUUUCAAAUCGUAUGGUAUUUAAUUUUAACAUUUUCUUAUGUAAACAUAGGUGACUAGUAUUAGUAACAGCAUAGGUUUAUCAAAGUAAAUUACAAUUUACACUUAGUAUCAUGAUAAAUAUGAAAACUUGGAGCAUUCUUCAUCUUUUUUGUUUUAAUUUCACCUGAAAAUCACCACUGGCAUUAGCAAUAAGAGGACUAAAAGUAUGGUUUGACUCAUUAUUGAAAUACGUACUGUAAGUUGUGUUUGAUGUCGUUCAGCUCUUGUAUCAUUUUAUUAAUGUUGACGAAAUUUUGAUCUGCUACUUAAUAUUUUUACCCACCGAAUUCUCAUUCAUUUGGCCAUGUCUCUGUUUUAUUUCAAAAAUUUUCUAUGAGAAUUUUUUAACCUGAUGGAUAUUUUGAUCAUUCAGUUUAAUUAUUUUCUGUUUAGUUAUAUUGUUUUAAUGCAUUGCAGUUCAAAUAAGAAUACCAAGAGUAAAUAGCCUGCUCAACUGAAGUGACUAUUUUACUAAAUUCCUUUUUCAUAUAAUUAAGUAAAUUUUCAAAUUAUAGAUAAUUCUAGUCAAAACAAAAUUUAAGUCAAUUAGUUUUUUAAAGGUUUCUAAUUAUUAAAAAUAUAUUUUCUUACAGUCACAAAAUACAAAUGUUCUAAAAUCUUGUAUCUAUGUGAGCCAAACUGCAGUUAUUUUAUAGGUUUAGAUUGACAGUUUUUCAAGGUACAUGUUUAAAUGAAAUGUGCAGUUAAACUUACAAAAGUUUCAGCCACAUUAGAAACAUUUAUCUCAUCUUUAUCUUACACUUCUUGACCUCAUGCUCUGCAAUUGUGAGCUAUUGAUACACGUCACCUUGAGAAGUGCUUUAUCUCUUAAGUACAGAUAUAUCUGGAGUGUGUGCUUCUUAAAGUGCAUUUUAUAUUCUGCACUGAGUGUGUUGUGGCCUGAGUGUAUACUUUGUCCUAUAAUGCUUCAUUACUUGUCUGCCCAUUUUCUCACCCACAGUUCAUUUUCAUAGAAUUGUUAUCAUUUUGUUUACAAAUCAAUGUGUUAUGUAUAUAUACACAUAAAUAUAUAAUUAUGGUAUCAGCUUGUUGCUUUGAAUGCUUUACCUCAAACUUAUAUAGAGAGAUUUAUUUUUAUAUUUAAAUUGUUUGAAAAAAAAUCUAAAAAAAAAACAAUAAAACUGGUUGUUCUGUGUAUGCUCCCCAUUUUAAUGUUUGUUUUCCAGUUUUAUCCACUUCUGUUGGUCAUAUUUCUCUGUAUAUUUUAAAUAUAUUUUUUAGUUUAAUUUUUUUUUAGAUAAACUACCUUUACACUUAAUGAAUGAGUUUGUAAAUGUAACUUUGUCACAUUAAUUUAACUAGUGAUUAGUCAUUUUUUAAUUACUUUUAGUUUAAAGCUUGAUAAUGUUACCUGUUGACUGUUAUUGGUAAUUUCAGUUGAAAGAUAAUUAGUUAUAAUUGAUUUUUACCAUCUGUAGAUUUAAUCUUAAUCUGUUCCAAUUGUUAUUGUUUGCCCUUUAUUUGAAAUGAAAAUAUUUAAUGUCAAAGUAUAUCAGUUUUCUUAACAAAUAGAUUUACAAAAUUGUUAACUGUAUACAUCCCAGUAAGUCUCAAAAUGUAAAUACUGUUUAUUUUUGUUUUAGAAUUACAAAAUGCAUUAGUGUUUGCAAUUUUUGUGCUAUUACAAGCCUUGACUAGAACCCUUCUAAAAUGUGUAUCUUUCAACAACAAAAAUGAGUAGAUCUUGAAAUACCCAAAAAAAACACACACUCAAAAGUUAAAUGUGAAAGUGUCUGGGUUAUGAAAUCUUUUAAUUAACUGCACAGGUUUCAAGAUUUUUUUCUUAGACUAGAGACGCAAUAAAUUAGAUGCAAAUGUUGCCACACUGCACCUUUCCUUAUCAGGGUAAUAUUAAAAGUUGUACAACAAAUAAAUAAUGUUAUGUACAUUUAUGAUUUUAAGUUUCAAGUAGUAAUAAAGCUCUCUUUAGGAAAACUUAAAGAUCAUCAGUUCUGACUGAAUUCUUAGGGAAAUUAGCAUUGUUGCAUCCUGACAUUAGUUUUAAUUUGGACAUUUUUACCAUAAUUUAAAUGUUUAAUUUGGUACUAGAUUGAUUAAAUACAUUAAAUAAAAUGGUUUCUUUAGGUUUAUUUUUUUUUUUUUUAUCUUAUUUAACUGAAAUAGAUUUACACCCAUAAUAUACAGUUAUGCUUCGUGUCAGUUUUGAGGUCCAGUAACACAUAGCAGUCUAACUUCAAAAAUAUUUUACAAAUUCAUUUUUAGAAAUCUAAAAUGCAUGGUUUUCAUUAAUCUGCUGUAACUUUUAAUUGACUAGGUUGUAAUUGGUGUCUUUUUUUUAUCUUUCAAAGAAAUUCAAAUAUGUUUUAAUUCAGUCGUCUGGGAUUGUGCAUUUAUAUAAUUUAAAAAUAUCCUCCCACCCCUUCUACUGCAUUGAACGUAACAUUUCACAAGAACAUUACAUUAAACCAACCCCCCCCCCCCCCUUUUUUUUUUUUUUAAAAAAAAUUCUAAAAACCAACACUCAAUCCACAACAGAUACAUACUUUGAAAACUGAUUAUUAGAAUAUAUUUUUGGAAUAACAUUAACGCCUUAUUUUGCGUCAUUUCCCCCACCUCCUACUCACUUGUAAUAAUUAUAAUAAUGUGUACAAUCCCUGAAUCUGAAGUUUUGAUAUUUUACUUCUUUCACAAGCUUGUCAUAUUUCAUUAAUAACUGACAUCAGUUUUAGUGUACUUAAGCGCUUGCUUUAAAUCAUUCAAGCAUUUUUGUGUAAUGGGGGCAGUACUUAUCUUUAUAUAAUUAGAGUGAAAAAUGCUAAAAUAACAAUGGGUAUCUUAAGAAGAUACAGCAGGUUUUUUCAAAUCUGUACAUUACCAAAUGUAUGCUUUUUUAAAAAAAACUGAUUACGUCUACACUGUAUGUCAGUGUAAUACUGUGUUUGCACUGGUUUCAAGUUGUGUUCAAUCAUUUAGUCUUCACCAUCACAUUUUAGCCAUAUGUUGUCAUUUUUAACUCCAUUUUAUACUAAACUAUACCCAUCAAUAGCUAAUUGGUUUUUAUCAGACUUAACAAAGCAAAAUAAAACUUAAUUAAUGAGCAUUAGGAUAUUUAACUUGUGUUCUAGUAUUUCACAAUUUAUGAGAAUACUUGGUCAUUUUAUCUCAGUAUUGUAUAGUGAUAUAAAACAUUUUAUUAUUGCAUGUUUUCUCUACCAGCCAAUUCUUGAAACACAUUCUUAGUUGCUAGAGA